CGCUGCACCGCGCUGCGCCGGGACCUUGAGGCCGGCGCGCAGAGGACAAAGGUGACUGCGUAGGCCCGCGCCGUGGUCGUGCUGGUUUCCCUUGUAGUUCGUGGUCUAACGCUAGGCCUCAAGUGAGAACUGCGUCACCAUGUUAUAUACGCGGCAGAAACGAGAGCCUUUAAGGUUUCUGCCGGAUGAGUCCCGGAGCCUGCCCCCGCCUAACCUGACCGACCCGCGUAUCCUCUACUUAGGCUUCUUGGGCUACUGCUCCGGCCUGCUUGACAACUACAUCUACCGGAGGCCGAUCCUGAAGUCGGGUUUGCAUCGCCAGCUUCUAUAUAUUACAGCCUUUUAUUUUGCUGGAUAUUUUCUUGUAAAACGUCAUGACUACGUAUGUGCUGUGAGGGAUCGUGACAUGUUUGAGUAUAUAAAAUUACAUCCAGAGGAUUUUCCUGAAGAAAAAGAGAAGAAAACGUAUGGUGAACUUUUUGAAAAAUUCCAUCCAGUACGUUGAAGUCUUCAAAAUGCUUGCUCCAGUUUCACUGAUAACUGCUGUAUCUGAAUUUGAUGGAACAUGUUUCCAAUGACAGUUGAAGUUUAUGCUAAUCUGUAUGUUGACACCUUGUAAUUAAAAUAGUUACCAUGA